AUCAGUAGCUACAAAUGGAAGCAAAGGAUUCACAUCACUCUCUCCCUUCUUCCAAUCAAGUCCCCUUGAAAGUUGAAAGUGUUUGACAGAUUCCCACUUCGCUCUAUUGAAAUGGGUCCUUCUUCUUUGGUUUCCUUGCAAUCAACGCCGCUCUGUUUCUCCUCGGGUGUCUCUAAAUUCUCUAUUGCCCCAACCACUGUAAACCUCCCACCAAAGUGUAAGAAACUCGUCGUCGCCUGCAUGGCUGACGCCCCACCGGCCGCCCCACCGUCUACAUGUCUUGGGUUCAAGAAUUUGAUGGAAACGUUUAGGGUUGAUGUCCAGAGAGCAGAAGGUAGGCCAUUGAACGUGCCUCUGAUCGCGCCCUUCACCAUUGCGUCGUCGAGGCUGGACAGAGUGGAGAAUGUGGCUAUUCGAGUUGAACUAACUAAUGGGUGUGUGGGAUGGGGAGAGUCUCCUAUUCUUCCACAUGUGACCGCGGAGGAUCAACCCACUGCUUUGGCUAAAGCUGCGGAAACCUGUCUGUUUCUGAAGCAGAGUUCAGGCAAGACUUUGGGCCUCGUUCUGAAUGAUAUUAAUCGGAUCCUUCCUGGCCAUUCGUUUGCUUCAGUCAGAGCAGGAAUUGAGAUGGCACUGAUUGAUGCAGUUGCACACAGCAUUGGAGUACCUCUGUGGAGACUGUUUGGUGGAUUUUCAAAUGCAAUAACAACUGAUAUAACAAUUCCAAUAGUUUCCCCAACUGAAGCAGCUGAGUUGGCUUCAAAGUAUUGUGUUCAAGGUUUCAAGACUUUGAAGCUCAAAGUAGGGAAGAAUCUGAAUGCUGAUAUCCAAGUGCUUCAAGCCAUACGCACAGUCCAUCCUGAUUGCUCGUUUAUUUUAGAUGCUAAUGAAGGUUAUAGCUCCGAAGAAGCCAUUCAUGUUCUGGAAAAACUACAUGAAAUGGAGGUAACGCCUAUUCUUUUCGAACAACCAGUUCACAGAAAUGAUUGGAAAGGUCUUGGUUAUGUUAGUGAUGUCGCAAGAAACAAAUAUGGGGUAUCUGUUGCUGCUGAUGAAAGCUGUCGGGGUUUAGCAGAUGUAAAGAAAAUAGUGAAGGAAAAUCUUGCACAUGUAAUCAACAUUAAGCUUGCCAAAGUUGGAGUGCUUGGGGCCCUUGAAAUUAUUGAUUUAGCAAAGGCAUCAGGAUUAGAUUUAAUGAUUGGUGGUAUGGUUGAAACCAGACUUGCUAUGGGCUUUGCUGGUAAUUUGGCAGCUGGCAUCGGGUGUUUCAAAUUCAUUGAUCUAGAUACUCCCAUUUUACUGGCUGAGGAUCCAGUUCUUGAAGGUUAUGAAGUUUCUGGUCCACUUUACAAGUUUUCAAACGCUAGAGGUCAUGGUGGUUUUCUACAUUGGGACGAUAUCGCAUGAACCUUCACUUGGUGGUUACCUUUGGUGGUCUCUUCUUGCAAAUCCAAAUUUUCACUUGGAUGAGAUUGCCGUGACUCAGAGAGGAGGGAAAGACCCUAGAACUGAGCGUUGCUUUGUUUUUGAGAGUAUCAAGAGACUGUAUCAUGAUGAAGGUUCUAGCUUGUAUUCUCUGGACCAAAAAGUCGCUUAUGUAGUUCAACCUGCUGCUGUUUGAUGGGGGCUUGAAAGCAGAUAAAAUUCACUAGGUAAACAUGCAUGGUUGACAAAUGAAGCACUAACUAGAUCACCAUAGAGAUAUCAAUCCUGCGUUAUAAUAAUAUCUCAUUGACCGUGAUAUACAGUUAUCCUUGAUUCUCUAUGUAUCUUUUACUAUAAUGAGACAGAUUAUAUUUAGUUUCCCUAAAAGCACUCACUGAAUAUGCGAGGAGGACUUCUUCAGAGAAAGAGAGCAAAUUUCAUCAUUUUUAACUCUGUAAGAGAAGCAGUCUCGGACCCUUGUAUCCUGUCAUUUGCUGUUGCUUGGGAGACGUCUGAUUUGCUAUAACAUGCUUGAUCUCGCACUUUCUAAUUCACUAAUUGUCACAUUCUCACUAGUUCUCGCGUAGACUUUUGAGCGAGCAGUAUGGUGAUAAUUUAUGUAUAUGAUGAAUUGUGGUCAUCUGUUUGUAUCAAUUUACUGUUCAGAUUAGAUCUAUUUCAUAUAUUUAAUAAUUGAAAGCAAUAUUUUAUCAGUUUGCUGCUAGUUUAUCCUGCAUUUGGUUCGCAGAUCUGUUACAUAUGUUAUACCUCAGCUUUUCUAUAUCUGUGAAACCCUGCUCGAAUCCUCUUUAAAAUAAACAUAUUUAAU